CGCCGGUCACGUGAUACGGUCUCCAUCGUCGCCAUCUUGAAGCGGUGUCCAAGGGGGUGAAACAAGUAGGGCCAAUAUUUGCUUGUUCAGAAUUAUUACUUCGAGGGAAUGUUCCAAACACGAACAGUGUGAGUCUGCAGGGUGAGUCUGAGUUUCCCAACAGUUAUUGAACUUCUCAAUCAUAAAGAACUCGAGUCCAAACAGUAUUAUGGAAGAAGGAAGUAGCGUUGCAGUAUUGAUGCCAAAUAUUGGAGAACAGGAGGCUGUACUGAUUUCUGAAACAGUCAUUGGCCCAACAUUGCAAAACAGUGAAGAUCAGAGAAAAUGUAAAACUGAUCCAUUAAUCCAUGUUAUCCAAAAGCUAAGCAAAAUAGUCGAAAGUGAGAAAUCACAAAGAUGCCUUUUAAUAGGGAGAAAACGUUCCCAUUCUGACGCUUCUGCACAGUCCUUUGAUACAGAUCUUUGUGAAAUCCCAGCUAAAGCAAUUGAGCUAUCUGUUAUUGCUACUAAAAAGACUGAAGAGUUAAAAGCUGACUAUUUUGUGACUGAAUGUCUUCCACAAAGCAAAAAGAAGGUGACGUGCUACCAGUGCAGUCUAUGUAAAUUUCUAUCACCUUCUCUCUUAACGCUACAAGAACAUAUAAAACAACAUGGGCAGAAAAACGAAGUGAUACUGAUGUGCUCAGAAUGCCAUUUUACUUCUAAAAACCAAGAAGAACUUGAAUCUCACUUCCAAAAUCACCAUGAGAAUGAAGGUAAAAAUAGCAUCCAGACAAACGUGCAGCGGUGUGUAAAUGCAUCAAGUUCGCUUUUGCAAGGGACAGUGGAAGGAAAUGCCAAAUCAGGGGCUGGAAAUACAGAAUGUAAAGAUACCACUCAGUCUAGUCACAUAUCUGAAAUGGGUAGGAGGAAAUGGUAUACUUAUGAGCAGUAUGGCAUGUACCGAUGUUUGAUUUGUCGGUACACCUGUGGUCAGCAACGAAUGUUGAAAACACACGCUUGGAAACAUGCAGGUGAAGUUAAUUGUUCCUAUCCUAUCUUUGAGGAAGAAAAUGAAACUGCCAACUUGUCAGAGACAGCUGUAACUCAUACACCUCAUAGCAUGGAUACAGUUGUUCUUUCUUUGGAAAACAAUGAACUAGAUAUCCAUAGUGAACCUACUCUUCAGCUUCAGAUUUGCAAUUCUGAGCGACUGUCGUGCAAAUCACCAGUAGGAACAAAUGUAAAAGAGGAUGAGAUGAUAAAUCAGUCUGUAGUGCAUUCUCCUACUACAGAGGAGACUGUUUCAGAUACAGAACAGGAUAAUUUGAUAACUGAUAGCCUACUUUCAUCAGCACAGAAAAUCAUUAAUUGUAGCCCAAAUAAAGAGGGUCACGUUAAUGUAAUAGUCGAGCGUUUGCCAGGUGCUGAAGAAAGUGUCUUACAAAAGUCUUACUUGAUGAACACUGACAUUGAAACAGAAAAAAAAUUAAUCUCGGAGGAAUCCCAUGUUACCUCUGAAGAGCCCAAUGGAGUUUAUCAUUCAGGUGAAAUCCAAGAAGUAAUAAUAGGAUGGAAUAAUACUGAAAAAAAAGACAAUGAAUUAAGCUCUAUAAAAAAUGUAACAACUGAUGAAAAUGCACCUCCUGUACGAAGAAGGACAAAUUCAGAGUCCUUACGACUACACUCACUAGCUGCAGAAGCUCUUGUUACGAUGCCUAUCAGAGCUGCAGAGCUAACAAAGUCUAGCUUGAGGACUUUGACUGGGGAAGACUCUGUGGAUGCAGAUACAGGGCAGGGAGAGGCUGAUGGUCCAGGCAUGGCUCGUUCUAGAGUGGUAUCCUCACUUAAGAAUCCAUCAGAGGAGUUUUCUGGCUUAAACCAAAGUGAAUGUGCAAUAGUUGAGAUACAGAAAGAAAGGCCAGAGUUAUCAGAAGCACCAAUUAAAAUGGGCAUCAGUAUGUCUCUACUCACUGUCAUUGAAAAACUGAAGGAGAGGACAGAUCAAAAUGCUUCUGAUGAUGACAUUUUGAAAGAAUUACAAGACAACGCACAAUGCCAAAAUGCAAACGAUGCAAAUAUUCCAGGAAGUAACCUGGUAGAAUAUAUACCUAAUGUAGACCGACCCUACCGCUGUCGCCUCUGCCACUACAGCAGUGGUAAUAAGGGCUACAUAAAACAACACUUGAGAGUCCAUCGUCAGAGGCAGCCCUAUCAGUGUCCUAUCUGUGAACACAUUGCUGACAAUAGUAAGGAUUUAGAGAGCCACAUGAUCAACCACUGCAAAACAAGAAUGUAUCAGUGCAAGCAAUGUGAAGAAUCUUUUCAUUAUAAGAGCCAACUGCGAAGUCAUGAGAGAGAGCAACAUGGUCUUCCAGAUAUCUAUUCAACAUCCACGUCUAACAAACUAAUAGUUUCCAGUGAAGUAGAUGAAAGAGAAGGAAGUAAGUCUUCAGUUCAGAAACUGUAUAGAUGUGAUGUAUGUGACUACACCAGCACAACUUACGUUGGCGUACGAAAUCACAGACGAAUUCAUAACUCUGAUAAGCCAUACAGAUGUCGAGUAUGUGACUUCGCCACCACAAAUAUGAAUAGCUUGAAAUGCCAUAUGAGGCGUCACCCCCAGGAGCAUCAGGCAGUGCAGCUAAUGGAACAGUACAAGUGUUCUCUCUGUGGAUAUGUGUGUAGCCAUCCUCCUUCCCUGAAGUCCCACAUGUGGAAACAUGCAAGUGACCAAAAUUAUAACUACGAACAAGUCAACAAGGCUAUUAAUGAUGCAAUUUCACAAAGCAGCAGGUUUCAAGGACAGCUUCCUGACAAAACCUUAUUAGAAGGCACAGAAGAAAGUACAGUAUCUAUUCUAGGAAGUUCAGACAACCUGGUGUCUUUUACAGAGUCUAUUAACCAGACUAAUAAUGAAAUUUCAGGUUCUGAUGAAAAUGAAAAGCCUAAUUUGAUGAAUACCUCAUGCAGUUUAGAAAAGAACUCCACUCUACCCCAUCUUGGCACAGAAUACUGUGUUCUUCUCUUCUGCUGCUGCAUUUGUGGUUUUGAGUCUACCAACAAAGAAAAUCUGCUGGGUCACAUGAAAGAACAUGAGGGUGAAAUAAUAAAUAUUAUCCUAAAUAAGGACCACAGCACAAAUCAGAACACAAUCUAGGUAAAGCAGUAAGUGGAGGAUAGGGUUUCCUAGAGUGAAUAUUUACUUUCUUUGCUAAUUUUGCCUGAGAAACUAAAGAGAAGAAUUGCAAGCAAAACUUGAUGAUUUCCCAUCCUAAGUCCUUGUUUCACUAAGAAUAUAAAAUUUUAACCAGGUAUUGAUGAAUCACUUUAGAGAUAAAUACUGAGAGCAGGGAAGAGAAUAAUCCACAUUAACCUGGUAUUUCUCUACAUGGUGCCAAGAGUGCAGGAUUGUUGCUUUUUUUUCCUUUCGUUGACAGGUACUAGUCAGUAAUAAUGCAUUAGUACAGUGUGUUAAAACCCAAAGGUAUGAAAGCUUUAUAUCAUCUGAAAAGCUUUGGUGUUUUCCAAAUAUUUAGGCAAAUAACUUUCUUUACUCUCUUUUUUGAAACUGGCAUCACACCAGAUACAAAUUCACAAUAUGAUCUCAUCUAACUCAGCCUGGAUUCCGGAAGGUAGAGAGGAGAGGUGGGUGAGGACAUGUGUGUGCUUGCACAUACGCCUAGGCAUUUCAUCUUCCCAAUCUAUUUUUAAGGCUUUACAAACUCCAAGCUGUGUUUCAAAAAAGAGUGGUAUCCUAUCUGUUGAUUUAGAGCACCAGGAGCUGAGUAGCCUAGAAGCAUUUUGCUAGUAACUGUUUCUCCAGUGGGAUCCUAAUAGAAUAUAUCUUUUUAAUUGAUUGCGUGUGAAAGACUCUUUAUAAUAAUGACCUGCUGUAUGUUAAGGGCUUUAUUAACACAUUCAGCAGAACUAUUUUAAAAAAAAAAACAACAUAGAAACAAACAAAAAGCAACACUGAGCAUCUCAUAUAUCACUUGUCACUUGCAGUGAUUACUUUGCAGUACAUGAGCACUGUAUUCUAAUGAGAUCAAGGUGUUAACAAUAAUUGCUACGAAGAGAUUUUUAAACCUAUGUAGAUCCCAAGGAUGUAGAUGAGCAUGAGCUGGGAUUUUGAGUGAUGCCUACAUGCUCUGGAGUUCUUUCAAAAUCCCACUGGCUGUCUAAAUUUCCCAUUUGUGUGGCGGAGUUGUCACUAUAGAAAUAGUUCAUAGAAAGAUAAUCUUCCUACAGAAAGUUGUAUUUCAAAAAAUAAAACAUGGCAAACUAUUUUAAGCAAAAUAAUAAAAAACAGUCAGUUGUAGAACAAAUUUUGCUAGUUCAUAAAUAUGAAUUUAUAAAGAGAAUUCAGGAUUACUUUGUUUUCUAAGGAACACAUGGAAGUCUCUCCCUUUUUUUCCCCUGCUAACAGCAGUCUGCAGUAGAAGAUGUUAAUCUAUAUGUCAGUUGGGAUCAGGCUAAUUACCAGGCAACUUUUUGAGGUUAUGUAUAAAGUUGGCUAUCUAAAUUGUGUGGGAUAUGCAUUUCAACGGAAUGAAAUAGUAGCACUUCUGAAUAAGCCCUUUCAUAACAUGAUUUAAACUUUUGUGUGGCUAUUUAUUUCUGCUUUUAAAGAAUGGCAGUAGCACAGAAGCAUGCCUAGUUCCUGACAUGGGAAUGCAGUUGCCUGAUUUUUUUAUUAGCUUGUUACUUAAAAAUGACCUGCUCUUAGAAAAAUAGCAUUUUAUUUCCCAUUUAUGCAUUUCUGCUAGCAGAAAAUAAGCUACAACAGUAAAUCCAAGAAGGUGCCGUUUGUACAUAUGUAUGUACAUAGCAUACAGUCUGCUGUGCACUGCUGACUGAAAGUGGCAAAGAGGAGAAGAAAAAAAGUUUGGUUGCAACUUUACAAUACAGCAUGAAAUCUAAAUGCUAGGGCAAAAGGCACGAAGAUUCCAGCUACAUUUUGUGGGUUUUGUUUGUAAGUGAUUUCCUUAGCUUGUUCUUUGGAUUAAAUAUAUAUUACUUUGUUUAUAAAUUAGAUAUUGGAAAGUAUAUAUUUUACUUUAAAAUUGGUCAUGAUAUAACAUCAAAGCAUUUUAUAAGGCAUUUGAGAUACUUUAAAUACAAAUGUGAAGCAAGUACUAUUUUAUGUUAAAAGUUAUAUUUCAGAUUUCUACAAGAGGAUUUUACAUUGAAAAACACGAUUUAUUCACAUCAUGUCAGAAUGAAUUAGAGAUAAAGUCUGCCAGUCAAUGUGCACAGAAACCAUAGUUUGCCACAUUCUUAUUUUUGCAUAAAGGGGUGGUUAUAUAAGGUUGCUCUGCUAGUGAGAGAGAAAAGGUGAAAAACUUGUAUUCACAGACUAAGAAGAGAAGCAAGUAACUUCAAAGUUAACAGUUUAGGUCUAUGUUCAGGCCACACUUGCAGCAGUAAGUAUAAUCACCAAGACUCCUUGUAAUGGGAGUAGGAACCAAAACAUAUCUAUUUACAAUUGCUCUUUGCAAUCUUGUUGCUUUUUUUCUGCUAAACCAUGGGUUGCUGCGCAAUAGUAUCAAGCUAGUUGCCUCUAAAAACUGCUAUGGAUCUACCAGUUGCCAACAAAUUAUUCUUUCCUGGAAACACGAAAGCAUUUUUAACUCUCCUGUUGCUUGCUGUUAGUUACCCUCUCACAAUUCCUAUGGCCUUUAUCAGAAGUUCUGCAUGUGAAGUAAUUAUAGGCUUAGUUUCUGAAAGCAAAGUAUUUCUCAGGUUAUCUGCUUUAGAAAGCAUAUGGUUGGCUUGGCUGCAUGUUAUAUGAGGGUUUUUCAAGCACAUUUCAAAGUCACUAACACUGCAGUCUUCCCCUUUCUUUAAGCUUUUAAAAUAUUUUUUGGAUCUUUUGUCACAGCACUAUCAGCUGAUCAGCUUUCCUCUUCCUGUUUGUUUUAAUGAGGUCUGUGACUUACAGCUUUGAUUUUAAAUGCCUGUACUUCUACUAAUGAGAAAACUUCAUUCAUACUAGGCUAUAAUGAUAAAUAGGUGCAUAUUUCAUCUUUCAGAUUUAUGCUUGGCCUGGAGAAAUGGGAUUCAGUCAGAGUUAUUGUAUUUUCCUCUUUCAGAAGCACUUAUUUAAUCAUUUUUAAAAAUGUACAGUUGGUACUCAAAGUAACAUUUGUUAAGAUAUAUUUAAUAGAAAUUUACAUUUGCAUUUGAUAUUCAUGGACAUGGGUACAUGUAUUUUUUUAAGAAAAGGUAUCGUAACACUAUGGCACUGCUUUUAUAGCCAAAGUUUAAAAAAAAAUAAUUACAAAACUGACAUGUAAAGACUGCAGUUAAUGCUGAUGCUGUAUCUUAUUAAAUAGGAUGACUUCUGUUUUAUGAAAUUAUCCAGCACAUUAAGCUGCAUGCCUUAAGCUCUCUCUAGGAUUGUGUUCCUGAUAGAUGACUGUUUGGAACUAUGAAGCAAAGUCUGUAGUACUACUUUAACUACCUUCUGAAAUACUGUACAAUGUUAGAAUAAUUUAUUUUGCUUUACAGGAGUUUGUCACGUAUUGACUUUAAUAUUGUAUUUUGGUAAUAAACUUUUUU